UUUAGAUCGGUCGGACCCAUUUACAGGGCUACGGUUCCAUCAUACAUACGAGGGCUGAAAUUCUUCUCUGUCCGUUUUCCACGCUCUCAUCCGUAUGCACCGAGGAUCAUACCAGAACCAUGCUGCUUCAACUUCCUCGCCUCACUAACUGUCUACGGGACCCGUUCGACGUCGAUCAAGCCUAUCUACGCCGGAAAACCAUCCUCCAACAGCUCAAGCCUCGCAGUUCCUCCAGUUCAUUCGAAGAAUCAGAGCUUGCUCGGAAUAUUGUGUAUAAAUGGGAAGAAGCUUCUCCGGAACUGAGACAAGCCUACAAGCAGUUUAUUGGAGGCGUGCAAGAGUUAGUGGGUAGUGACGUAGUUCCGGAUGAGUUUAGGGAGGUGGCAUUGAGUGUUUAUAGGCAUUUUAGUAAGCCUAUGCUGGAAGGUGAAGAAGACCAUCUGCUUUCAGAGAAGAGGUUAGAUUUGCAAAAGCUUGUUGGUUAUGCUAUUUCUAGUACAACUUUACAGAAAGCUGCAUAUUUAGCACAAAGGCUUUCUGAGUUGCAGCAUAAGAAUUGUAAAACCAUAAAUGGGCAAAAAAUGCAAGAUAUGAGUGGUGGUAAUUUGGAAUUUGGUGCAGACCUUCUGUUCCAGCCACCCACUCGUUUUUUAGUGGAUGCCUCUAUUGAAGACAAAGACUUGGAUGUUGUUCAUUCCAAUAAGGCUAUAAAAUACCAACACGCGAGUCAUCAUGGAAACUCCUUUGACAGUGUUCAUUUAACCGGAGCUAGAUUCAAUUUAGAUUGGUUAAGAGAUGCUUGUGAUAAGAUAGUCAGUGAAAGUACAUCACAGUUUCCUAGAGAUGAACUGGCAAUGACAAUAUGCCGUGUGCUUGAUUCAGAGAAACCUGGUGACGAGAUAGCUGGUGACCUGCUUGAUCUUGUUGGUGAUAGCGCUUUUGAAACAGUUCAAGAUCUUAUCAAGCAUAGGAAGGAACUUGUUGCUGCCAUCCAUCACGGAAUCUCUGUUUUGAAAGCUGACAGGACAACUACCAACUCUCAGUCACGUCAGCCUAGCUAUGGCACUCAGGUAACUGUUCAUACAGAAUCUGAGAAGCUACUUGAUAAACUUCGUCGCAAGGAAGAAAAAAAGCACAGACGCAUGGUAGAAAAUGGAGUUGAGAAUGACUUGUCUUUGAUGAGCUUUAGUUCUUUACUUCAAGCAAGUGAGAAGAAAAACAUAUUUGAAGAUCUCAUUGGGCAUGGUGAAGGGGCUACUACAGCCCUUCCUCAAGGAACCAUUCGGAAACAUUAUAAGGGAUAUGAAGAAGUCAGUAUACCUCCGACAUUGACUGCACCCAUGAGACCUGGGGAAAGAUUGAUUGAGAUCAAAGAACUUGAUGAUUUGGCUCAAGCUGCAUUUCAGGGCUACAAGUCUUUGAACCGUAUUCAGAGCCAAAUAUAUCCAACUACUUAUAAUACCAACGAAAACAUUCUUGUCUGUGCUCCAACUGGGGCUGGAAAAACAAAUAUCGCUAUGAUUUCUAUUCUACAUGAGAUUAAACAUCACUUUAGAGAAGGCUACUUGCAUAAGAAUGAAUUCAAGAUAGUUUAUGUAGCUCCCAUGAAGGCAUUAGCAGCAGAGGUGACCAUGACUUUCAGCAAACGGUUGUCUCCGCUGAACGUUACUGUGAGAGAACUUACUGGAGACAUGCAGCUUUCUAAAAAUGAACUUGAAGAAACACAGAUGAUAGUGACAACACCUGAAAAAUGGGAUGUCAUUACUCGUAAAAGUAGUGACAUGGCGCUCUCGAUGUUGGUGAAGCUACUUAUAAUUGACGAAGUUCAUCUUUUGAAUGAUGAUAGAGGCCCUGUUAUAGAAGCACUGGUAGCGCGAACUCUUCGUCAGGUGGAAUCCACACAAUCCAUGAUACGAAUUGUGGGUCUUUCAGCUACAUUACCCAACUAUUUGGAGGUUGCAGAGUUUCUGAGGGUUAAUCCAGAAACUGGUCUUUUCUAUUUUGAUUCAAGCUACAGGCCAGUCCCUCUUGCUCAACAGUAUAUAGGAAUUAGUGAGCACAACUUUUUGGCCCGCAAUGAGCUUCUGAAUGAGAUUUGCUACAGAAAGGUUGUUGAUUCCUUAAGGCAAGGGCACCAGGCUAUGGUUUUUGUUCAUUCACGCAAAGAUACUGGAAAAACAGCUGAUAAACUGGUUGAUCUUUCCCAGAUAAAUGAAGAUACCGAGCUCUUUGGUAAUGAUAAACAUCCUCAGUUUGAGUUCAAAAAGAAGGAAGUUCUCAAGUCCAGAAAUAGGGAGGUUGUCAAGCUUUUUGAACAUGGGAUCGGGAUUCACCAUGCUGGUAUGUUGCGUCAAGACAGAAGUCUAACUGAACGGCUCUUUUCUGAGGGACUUCUGAAGGUCCUUGUUUGCACUGCAACCUUGGCAUGGGGUGUGAAUCUGCCUGCCCAUACUGUUGUAAUUAAGGGCACACAAAUUUAUGACCCAAAAGCUGGUGGGUGGCGAGAUCUGGGCAUGCUUGAUGUUAUGCAAAUUUUUGGACGUGCUGGGAGACCUCAGUUUGAUAAGAGUGGUGAAGGCAUUAUAAUCACUACUCAUGACAAGCUAGCUUACUAUCUACGUCUGCUAACCAGUCAACUUCCAAUAGAAAGUCAGUUUAUAAAUUCCUUGAAAGACAAUCUGAAUGCCGAGGUGGUACUGGGAACUGUGACAAAUAUCAAGGAGGCAUGUACUUGGCUUGGAUAUACGUAUCUUUUCAUCAGGAUGAAAAGGAAUCCUUUGGCAUAUGGUAUUGGAUGGGAAGAGGUUGUAGCUGAUCCGUCAUUGAGUUUAAAGCAAAGAGAUCUUAUAACCGAUGCCGCUCGUGCUCUUGACAAGGCAAAAAUGAUGCGUUUUGAUGAGAAAAGUGGGAAUUUUUAUUGCACAGAGCUUGGCCGUAUAGCCAGUCAUUUCUACAUUCAAUAUUCUAGUGUUGAGACAUACAAUGAAAUGCUGAAACGCCACAUGAAUGAAAGUGAGGUAAUCAGCUUGGUUGCCCAUUCUUCUGAAUUUGAAAAUAUUAUGGUCCGUGAUGAGGAACAAAAUGAACUUGAAAUGCUGGCUAGAACAUAUUGCCCAUUGGAAAUCAAGGGUGGUCCAUCAAAUAAGCAUGGGAAAGUUUCAGUUCUUAUUCAGUUGUACAUAUCUCGGGGUUCUAUGGAUUCAUUUUCACUAGUUUCUGAUGCAGCAUAUAUAAGUGCAAGCUUGGGUCGUAUUAUGCGGGCUUUGUUUGAAAUUUGUUUACGUAGGGGGUGGUGCGAGAUGACAUCUCUGAUGUUAGAAUAUUGCAAGGCCGUUGAUCGUCGAAUUUGGCCCCAUCAACAUCCAUUCAGGCAGUUUGAUAAGGAUAUUUCACCCGAAAUAUUGAGGAAGCUUGAAGAAAGAGGAGCAGACUUAGAUCACUUACAAGAGAUGGAUGAGAAAGAUAUUGGAGCUUUAAUACGUUAUGCUCCAGGGGGAAAGGUUGUUACGCAACAUCUUGGAUAUUUUCCGUCAAUCCAGUUGUCUGCUACAGUAAGUCCAAUAACUAGAACCGUGCUCAAGGUGGACCUGAUAUUAGUGCCUGGGUUUGUUUGGAAGGAUCGAUUUCAUGGUACUGCACAGCGUUGGUGGAUUUUGGUAGAGGAUUCUGAGAAUGACCAUAUAUACCACUCUGAACUCUUUACUCUGACUAAGAGGAUGGCCCGUGAACCACAAAAGCUAUCCUUUACUGUGCCAAUCUUUGAACCUCAUCCUCCUCAGUACUAUAUUCGCGCUGUUUCAGAUUCUUGGCUGCAGGCAGAGGCUUUUUAUACUAUAACCUUCCAUAAUCUUGCACUCCCAUCGGAGCAUACAACUCACACUGAACUUCUAGACUUGAAACCGCUUCCUGUGACUGCACUUGGUAAUGGAAUUUUUGAAGCCCUGUACAAGUUCUCACACUUCAAUCCUAUUCAAACGCAGGCUUUUCAUGUGCUCUAUCAUACUGAUAAAAAUGUUCUUCUAGGAGCGCCAACUGGAAGUGGGAAAACUAUAUCUGCUGAGCUUGCUAUGCUUCAUCUUUUUAAUACUCAGCCUGAUAUGAAGGUUAUAUAUAUAGCACCUUUAAAGGCUAUAGUCCGAGAAAGAAUGAAUGAUUGGAGGAAGCAUCUUGUCUCUCAGCUUGGAAAACAAAUAGUUGAAAUGACUGGGGAUUAUACACCUGAUUUGAUGGCUCUCUUGUCUGCGGAUAUCAUUAUUACCACUCCAGAAAAGUGGGAUGGGAUAAGCCGUAGCUGGCACACUCGCACAUAUGCUGCAAAGGUUGGGCUAAUGAUUUUGGACGAGAUCCAUUUACUUGGAGCUGAUCGUGGGCCCAUACUUGAGGUUAUUGUUUCAAGGAUGAGAUACAUUUCGUCUCAAACUGAUCGCCCGAUACGUUUUGUUGGCCUGUCAACAGCUUUAGCAAAUGCACAAGAUUUGGCUGAUUGGCUGGGUGUGGAUGAAAAUGGUCUUUUCAAUUUCAAGCCGAGUGUCAGGCCUGUACCUCUGGAAGUUCAUAUACAGGGAUAUCCAGGAAAGUUCUACUGCCCAAGGAUGAACAGCAUGAACAAACCCUCUUAUGCUGCCAUAUGCACACACUCUCCUACAAAACCUGUUUUAAUAUUUGUUUCAUCUCGUCGACAGACAAGACUAACUGCGCUCGACCUUAUUCAGUUUGCAGCUUCAGAUGAGCACCCUAGGCAGUUCCUGGACAUGUCUGAAGAUGCACUUCAGAUGGUUCUUUCUCAGGUCUUGGAUCAAAAUUUGAAGCAUACAUUGCAGUUUGGUAUUGGGCUACAUCAUGCUGGGCUAAAUGAUAAGGACAGAUCUUUGGUUGAGGAACUUUUUGCAAACAACAAGAUCCAGGUUUUGGUCUGCACGAGUACACUGGCAUGGGGUGUGAACCUUCCUGCACAUUUGGUCAUUAUAAAGGGUACAGAAUAUUAUGAUGCCAAAACCAAAAGGUAUGUUGAUUUUCCUAUUACUGAUAUUCUGCAAAUGAUGGGUAGAGCUGGCCGUCCACAAUUUGAUCAACAUGGGAAAGCUGUUAUCCUUGUUCAUGAACCCAAAAAGAGUUUCUAUAAGAAGUUUCUGUAUGAACCAUUUCCAGUUGAAAGUAGCUUGAAGGAUCAAUUGCAUGACCAUAUCAAUGCUGAGAUAGUUUCUGGAACUAUCUGCCACAAAGAAGAUGCAGUGCAUUAUCUCACCUGGACAUAUUUUUUCCGUAGAUUGAUGGUGAACCCAUCUUAUUAUGGAUUGGAGGAUGCAGAACCUGGAACAGUUAGCUCUUACUUAUCUAGCUUAGUACAAAGCACAUUCGAGGACUUGGAAGACAGUGGCUGCAUCAAGAUCAGUGAUGAUAGUGUGAAGUCCCUAAUGUUAGGGUCAAUUGCUUCUCAAUAUUAUCUCAAGUACACUACUGUAUCGAUGUUUGGUUCAAAUAUAGGACUAGACACAUCACUUGAGGUUUUCCUUCAUAUUUUAUCUGGUGCUUGUGAAUAUGAUGAGCUUCCGGUGCGCCACAAUGAGGAAAAAUAUAAUGAAAGUUUGAUUGAUAAAGUUCCAUACAUGGUGGACACUAAUCGCCUAGAUGAUCCUCAUGUGAAAGCAAAUCUUCUGUUCCAGGCACACUUCUCCCAAUCAGAGCUACCAGUGGUUGAUUACGUUACAGAUAUGAAGUCAGUGUUGGAUCAAAGUAUACGUAUUAUCCAAGCUAUGAUAGAUAUUUGUGCAAAUAGUGGGUGGCUAUCAAGCACCCUCACUUGUAUGCAUAUUUUGCAAAUGGUCAUGCAGGGCUUAUGGUUCAAUAGGGAUUCUCCUCUUUGGAUGUUGCCAUGCAUGACCAAGGAUUUAUAUAGCUCAUUAAGUAAGCUGGGUAUUAUUAAUAUCCAGCAACUAUUGGAUCUUUCUCCUGCAAAGCUGCAACCUGUCAUAGAGAGUUCUGUUUUCUCAAAACUGCAUCAGGAACUACAGAAUUUUCCCCGUAUACAAGUCCGGUUAAGAAUUCAGAGAAGAGAAGACCUCACCACUCUAAACAUCAGGAUGGAAAAUAUUAACAUGGGUCGUAGAAAAUCUAAAGCUUUUACACCUCGGUAUCCAAAGAUAAAAGAUGAAGCAUGGUGGUUAGUCCUUUGUAAUACCAUUACUUCAGAGCUACAUGCUUUAAAGAGAGUUUCCUUCUCUGACCGUUUAGUGACACACAUGGACUUGCCGUCUGGUCCCAACAGCUUCCAGGGAUUGAAGCUCCUUCUAGUUUCAGAUUGUUAUCUAGGGUUUGAACAAGAGUACUCCAUAGACGAAUUUGCCUAGUUUGAUAAUAUCUGCAGUGAAUUGGGAGUCUGUGGAUUUGUUUGAAUGAUUGAACACUGGAACUGGGCAGCAUUGCUGCAUGGAAGUUCAAUCCGGAAUCAUUUCAACAAGUGCAAAGCCGUACAUCGACUUAUUAGCUUUCCAUAACAUUUUAUCUUUGUAGUGCACGCUUUAUGUUGGGUUCUUUACCAAUUAGUUGUUUAGUUCCUUGUAAUUUUCACUUCCGCUCCUAUGUGCUUAUUAUUUUGAUAUUUUCUAAUUACUUUCAUCUGUUAUUAGUUCCCUGCAUAAAAGUAAGGGAAACAUUGUAAUUUUAACUUCCUCCCGCCCUUAUUUGAUUAUUGUUUUCUAAACACUUUCAUCUUUUAUUAGAAAGUCUAGUAGAAACUUUGUGCUUUCUAUAAAGUUUAUCUGUCAAAAGCAUUUUUUACAAUCUGAUUAAACGC